UAUCUACCCAACGGACUGGUUCUUGUUGAGUCAACGCGGGGACAUGCUGGUGCUGUUCCUACUGGAUGGAAUGUAGGUGGAGUACGGAAGGCGGCAGCUUUAAAGAUAGUUGAUGCCGAUCUCCUCCUCAUCCCUCCAUCUUCCGCUCGAUUCCCGUUUCUCUCUCAGAACCGACGCAUCCUUCGCUUCCUCCCUCCCACCAUUUCUAAGCAAUUAAGACACAGAAAAGCUAAGUCAUCGCCAUGGAGCCGCCCCUCUCUCAGCUCGAAGCAAGGUAUCUUAAUGCAUGCCAGAUGCAGAAGGUCAUACCAAAUUCUUUGAUGUCGUUGAGUUUAUCAAAGGCAAAAUAUCAAAAAGAGCACUUUGGUCAAUGCAUUUUGGAAAUCUUUAUCGACCACUUGACAUCAUUGGAUAUUCCCCCACUUAUAGCUAUGUUAUCGGAAAGUUUAUCUGACAUUGAUGCAAUUAAUAUACGACAAAAAUCAUCUAAUGUUUCAUUGGAUGGGGAAGGCCUUCUACUUCUAUUCCAGUCUAUCAACAAAAAGCUUCGAAUUGUUGAUCUCAUUAAUUCUUCAUCGUGGAAAGAUGUUCUCCGUGAUAUUUGCCAAAGAGGUACAACAUGCCAGAUUUUGAACCUUCGUUUCUCUCCUAUUAGGAAGCUCAACAUGACUGGGAAGUUCAUGGAGUUACAAACACUUAAUUUAGAUUCAAGUGUUCAUUUGACCAGUUUCCACAUCAAUUGUUUUAGUUGCAUGCCAAAGCUAAUGAGGUUAUCAAUGUGCGAAACAAGAGUUUCCAACCUUUGGGUGACUAGUGCUGCACUUUCAAAACUUCAUUCCUUGUCAGAACUCCGCUUCCAGAAUUGUUCGUGUUGUCUUGAUACUGGACCAUGCCUAACUUUUGGUGGAGUGUUUAGAAUGGUAAAUGAUAAUAAGUGUUCAAAACAGCAAUCAUCUUCCUACUUUGGAGUACAAUGUAUUGGUACUGAAAACAAUUUAAAACAGACUAUUGUGCAGUCUGUAGAUAAUGCUUUCAACAGCCUUUCUUCUAAGAAUUGCUUGUUGACAAGUAAUGAAAUGCUUGAAAGCACUACUGAGGAAUUAUCAGAUGAAAGUGAUCCAGAAUUUUCUGAUAUCUUUACUGAGUUCUGUAGGCAAAACAAUCCAAACUCAAUGCUUAGCCCAUCUAAACAUUCUGUGCCAUCUUCUACACUUUCUUCCGUAUCAACUACUAUCCCUUUUUUCGAGGAUGCAAUGCAUUUAGGUAGGAAAUUGGAACACAGUUACUCUUUUACUGGGUGUGCAACCCCUGGAGAAACUUGUUAUAAGAAUGAUUCCUCAUUGGAUGAAGUGACUAACAGUGUGGAUUUUGGGAAAACUACAAGGAGCUCACUGGAAAAUCAUAUUUCCACGCAUCCUUCACCAAUUUGUUUUGAGAGACACUACAGAGAAUAUAUUAUUACAUCACUGCCUCAUUUAAAAGUUUUAGAUAAUAUACCUAUUGGAUUUAUGGAGAGAGAGCAUGCUAAAGUAAUUUUUAAGAGAUAUUUUGAGCAUGCAGCUUAUAACAGACAGAGUAAAGAUAACAUUGUCAGUAUUUUACAGAGGCGUGAGGCCUACAGACCUGUUGUCUCUCAUAUAUUUUCAAGGGGCAAGCAGCAAUAUCGUAGAGAAAGCAAUCACUCCUUUCUCAGGUCACUUUCUGCAGCUAAAGUAGGCUCAUCUACACAGGCUUAUUUACAUUCAGUUUCAAGAAUUACCAGUGGUCCAAAUGAAGAAUCAAAGAAUUUCCGUCCAAGACAAUUUGAAUAUCAUCCUACGGACUCAAGGCUUAUGGCAUUUGGAACAUUAGAUGGAGAGCUUAUUGUCAUCAAUCAUGAAAGUGAGAAACUUGUUGGUUAUCUCCCAUCAGUUGGAACACUAAAUAGCAUUUUAGCUCUUUGCUGGCUUAAGAAGCAUCCAACCAAGAUUCUUGCUGGCUCAGACAAUGGUUCCUUGCAAUUAAAUGAUGUUUGUAAAAUGGCAUCAAAGGUUACAGAUCAAUAUUACACUCAGAAUGCUUCUGUACAUACAUUUAAUGAAUUUCAACAGUUGACAUCUGUCCACAUAAAUUCGACUGACGACUAUUUUCUUGCAAGUGGAUACUCAAAUCAUGUAGCUCUCUAUGAUAUGGGCAGCGGAAGACGUCUGCAAAUUUUCAAAGACCUUCAUAAGGAACAUAUAAAUGUUGUCAAAUUUGCUCAUCAUUCUCCGACUUUAUUUGCUACCGCAUCCUUUGAUAAAGAAAUUAAGAUGUGGGACUUAAGACUAGGGACUUCACAGCCUUGUUAUACAGCAUCUAGCUCCAGAGGAAAUGUGAUGCUGUGCUUUUCUCCUGAUGAUUACUAUUUACUCACAUCUGCGGUUGACAAUGAGGUUAAGCAAUUACUGGCUGUAGAUGGAAGACUCCAUACUUCAUUUAACAUUGCUUCUACUGGAAACUCACAAAAUUACACUCGAUCUUACUAUGUCAAUGGACGGGAUUACAUCAUCUCAGGAAGUUGUGAAGAACAUGUAGUGCGAAUAUGUUGUGCUCAAACUGGAAGGAGGCUGCAGGAUGUUUAUCUUGAGGGCCGGGGUUCAAAAAAUUCAAUGUUCAUUCAGUCUCUGAGGGGUGAUCCAUUUAGGGACUUCCACAUGAGUAUCUUAGCUGCGUAUUGGCGUCCGUUUUCAAAAUCUGAGAUUAUAAAGGUAAACCUGUUGCAAUCCGAAGAGUGCCUCGAAGAAAUCACACCUCCCUUUAAGUUCAACUCCAACUAAUUAACGCAAGUUCGUGUGAAGUUGGAUUUGUCAAGCAAAUGAAGGUGAUUGCUCCAGCAGUAGUAGCUGAAACCAGAAUGGCACCCCAUUCAGUUUUUUUUUUUUUGAGCCUUCUUAGAUGCCCAAUCGGUUGCGAAUGGGCCUAGCCGAUGAAGGUGUACUAGUCAAGAAGACGACGACAGCUAUUGCUAGAAUGUUGCAAUUGGUUUGCAAUGUAUUUGUCGACGAUAUGGUGUCUUUGAAAAAAAUAUUCUGUAUAGCUUGUAUGCAUAUGUUGUUUAUGUGGGCAUUGUUGGAGUUUUCUCUA